AUGGGGUGGAGCGCGUUUUUGACGAAUAUGACGCGCACCCCCAACUCGAGUCAGGCCGGCGAUAAGAACAGCGGCGCCGAGGUUUGGGUCAGUCCGCAGGCCCCAUUGACGGUCUGGGCGGAUGACUUUGAGUUCGUCUCGGACCGGCGCACCCGGGCCACCCUGGUCUUUGCCGCGAUCAACGGCACAAUCGAAGGUGGCAGCACGACGCCCCUUGUCUUUGACAACCUGACCAACGUGUCCUCGGUAGCCUGUGACGUGGAUAUCGAGGCCGUUGACGAUACCCUCUCAGUCGGCAACAUGUCGAUACCGGCCGACACAACCACCCUACCCGUCCUCUCCUCAAUCGACAACCUCACCCUCAGCCCCGCCGCAUCCCCCGAAACCCGCCUCAACGAGCUCCUCCUCUGGUUUACCAUCGCCCCGCUCAUGGCCGGCACCAGCAUCGACGGCACCCUGCCCAUGUUCACCAACUCCACCACAACCGGCCUGCCCCUCUCCUACACAGCCACCACCUCCCCAAUCCACAACACUUGGACGACCGACGGCCUCACAACCUUCAUCCACCUCGCCAUCGGCGCCCUCGCCCAAGCCACCACCACCACCCCACCCCCCUCCUCCCUGGAAAAGGAUUAUUCUUUUGCUUUACGAUCCCACUAG